UAUGGCUGUCAUUGGUCUGUUAUCUGUGUAUGAUGGCUGUAAAAUAGAAAUAAUAGAAAAACAUCCCGUCUUCUAUAAACCUAUAAACCUUGCACGUAUUUCUGAAUCUUAGGGAUAAACAGCAACCUAUGCGAACGAGGUGAUAAAAAUUUAAUAACCAAAUCAUGGACGCCACCCUUCAGCCGCAGGGCUUACUACCACCGCCAGGCAUAGGUACACCCCCAAUGAUGCCCCAGAUGCCGGUGCCCCCAAUAAGUGGAUUUCCGCCCAUGAUACCUCCUUUCAGUGUACCGCCACCCGGCUUUCCGAACUUUCCCCCUGGGGCUGCGCCCCCGACCUCAGCCCCUUCUACCCCAGGAGUGACUGCUUCGGUUACUGGUGCAGCCAGUGAAUGGAGUGAACACAAAGCCCCAGAUGGAAGAACCUACUAUUAUAACUCUGUUACUAAACAGAGUUCAUGGCAGAAACCUGAUGCUCUAAAAACCCCUGCAGAGCUGUUGCUAUCUCAAUGUCCUUGGAAGGAAUAUACUGCAGACAAUGGAAAAAUAUAUUAUCAUAACGUUAAUACAAAGGAAUCUCGUUGGAUUAUUCCACCAGAACUAGAAGAAAUAAAACAGAAGAUUGCAUCAGAAGAGUUGAAUCAAACAUCCGCUCCCGUGACUCCCAGAGAGGUAACAUCUCCAUUGCAAAUUCAACCUUCAACAGCGUCUUCCACAGGUCCAAACUCGCCCAGCAUCGGCUCAGCAACUGCUAGCCCAGGCGGAAGAAGCAGUGCUCUUGAGGCUGCAAUGGCUGCAACUUUGGCUGCUAUUUCUCUACCAAAUCCACCAUCUACUAAAGAUGAGGAUUCCAAUUCUGCAAGUGCUACUGAAGCUCCUAAAGAAGUUAAAACACCUGUUAUAGAACCGAUUGUUUACAAAGAUAAAAAAGAAGCAAUGGAUGCUUUCAAGGAAUUGUUGAAGGAUAAGAAUGUUCCUUCUAAUGCUUCGUGGGACCAGUGUGUGAAGAUUGUAUCAAAUGAUCCUAGGUUUGAGUCCUUCAAGAAACUGAACGAGAAGAAGCAAGUUUUCAACGCUUAUAAAACUCAAAAGCAGAAGGAUGAAAAAGAAGAGCAACGUUUGAAAGCGAAAAAAUCGAAAGAGCAGUUAGAAGAAUUUCUUUUAACUUCGGAUUUGAUAACGUCUGCGACGAAGUAUUAUAGGUUAGAUGAAAUGUUCGGACAUUUGGAGGUAUGGCAGAAUGUAAUAGACCCUGAUAGGAGGGAUAUCUAUGAAGACGUCAUGUUCACACUAUCAAAAAGAGAAAAGGAAGAGGCAAAGGUACUAAAGAAAAGGAAUAUGAAGAAACUUGCUGAGGUCUUGGAGUGCAUGACAAAAAUCAAUUAUGAUACUACAUGGAGUGAAGCACAGGUUUUGCUUUUGGAGAACAACGCAUUCAAAAACGACGUCAAUCUUUUGGCCAUGGACAAAGAGGAUGCGCUCAUAGUAUUUGAAGAGCAUAUUAGAGUAUUAGAAAAAGAAUAUACCGAAGAGCGGGAACGAGAGAAACGAAGGAUAAAGCGGCAAUGCAGAAAAAAUAGAGAUCAAUUCUUGGCUUUGCUUGAUCACUUGCAUGAAGAAGGCAAACUGACGUCUAUGUCUUUGUGGGUGGAAUUAUAUCCGAUCAUAUCGGCAGACAUACGGUUUUCAGCAAUGUUAGGUCAGAAUGGUUCUACACCUUUAGACCUUUUCAAAUUCUACGUCGAGGAUCUGAAAUCGAGGUUUCACGACGAGAAGAAAAUUAUCAAAGAGAUACUAAAAGAAAAAGAAUUUGAAGUGAGGAUUGAUACUACGUUUGACCAGUUUGCAACGGUUAUAUGUGAAGACAAGAGGUCUGCUACUCUGGAUGCGGGAAAUGUCAAGUUGACGUUUAAUUCUCUAUUAGAAAAGGCUGAAGCUAGGGAAAAAGAAAGGUUAAAAGAAGAAUGUAAGAGGAUGAAAAAAAUAGAGAGCAGUUUCAAGAAUUUGCUGAGAGAAAUGAAUAUCGAUUUCGAGUUGCCAUGGGACGAAAUUCGAGGGAAGAUCGAAAAAGAAGAUGAAUUUCUCGCAUUUGACUCAGAAUCUGACAGAACUAGAGUGUACAAGGAGUUCCAACACGAAAUGGAAGAAUCCUGCAGCCAUCACCAUUCAAGGUCCAAAAAAUCUAAGAAAAAGAAAAACAAGAAAUACAAGUCUUCCAGCAGUGAAUCGGAGGGACACAAAAAGACGAAACACAGAUCGAGAAGCGCCAGUCCAGCAGUAUAUUCGGAAGAAAGUGGCGAGGAAUACAAGAAAAAGAAGAAGAAAAAGCACAAGAAGAAAAGUCCUUCAGUGAGUUACAGAUAAUUUUCAGUAUUUCGGUAAUUUAUGUAUCUGACAUGUCAGUGUAAUUGUUAACGUUAAUAUAUCAUUUUUAUUGCAUUCCGUUUUAAUAUACUUUAUUUUUCUCAAUGCUCUCAACCGUAUUUAUGCUGGGCUAAUGAUUUCUUUUUUGUACAGAGUACACCAUCAUAUAAACAAGAAGAUGGAAAGGGUGGUGAAAUGAGUGAGACUGAGCUUGAAAAACAGAGGGCACUGUUGCUGGCAAAACUGAACAAUGAGAGUGAUUGAAUUGACGCUUUUGUAGAGAAAUCAUGAAUCAAAAUACAGCCGAUUUUGCCGCACAGAUGACGCAGACAUUAAAAUAUUAUAAGAAG